GGACUAUCAGUGACUAAACGCGCUUUUGGUAAGAUGCUUCAUUUUUACACCGUUCUCAGAAUUUAAACACUGGCUGCAAGUCGUAUUUGGACAUCCUCAAGAGAGCUUCAAUGGAAAACAUCAACAACACUUCAUGGAAUCAAAGGGAACAAAAUAUUAAAGAAAUGAGAUACAAAUGUCUACAAUAAUAAAUCGUAACUAAUAUUUGUGAUAUGAACAUUGUCUAAACAGGUCUUCGCAUUUGCAUUAAAACUUGCAUAUUAUAUAGAAAUCUUUCAAGUAUUGGGGCUAAUGCUGGAGCCGUGCCGGUUUCCUGAACAAUUUCCAGUGAUGUUGGACUGCCAGGUAAUCCCACUUCUCCAAGUUUUCCAGUAAACUCUUUUUAGUUUUCCUGCUAGAAAUGUCAAUGAAUCCAAUGACAAUGUCACAUGGAGCUGAAACCUCAAAAAACGAAGAAAGUCUCGCUGCAUCUCAGGAUGAUCAUCUAUCCAGUUUGAAGGCUUUGACUGAAAAGCUCAAACUUGAGACCAAAAAGUCGUCUGUCUUGAAUUGGAGAGCACAGCUGGGGGCAAUGCUAGCACAGAGCCACAAAUUCUCAGAGGCUUUAGCGGUGCCUAGCAAAGCGCAGGAACAAAGAAGCUCAGAUCCUCUUAAGCGGGCAAAGCCAUUGCUGAGCACUGGGGUGUUCCAUGGAGAAACGCAGAUGGGAUUUGAAAAUAUCGACCAAGCAUUGGAGUGGAUAAGGAAAGAGCUGGUCGAGAUGCGUUUGCAAGACCAGCAGCUAGCACGGCAGCUAAUGCGUCUGCGCAGUGACAUUAACAAUUUGCGAAUCGUGCAGACAUGUAACCAACAUCGCAAGAUGCUAAACGAUGCCACAUUUGAGCUGGAGGAGAGGGACAAUAUGUCCGAUUUGUGUGACGUCCCCAUGUCUCCUGGAUUAGGCUUCUCCACGACACUCAAGGUCAUCGGAGUCACCAAGAUGAACAUCAACACUCGACGCUUCUCCCUGUGCUAGUGUGUGUAAAUGUGCAGAGUGCAGUGUUUGUAGAAUAUAUAAUGUAUUAGUAUAAGUUGAAUAUAUUUUCUGAAUGUCUCUGACAUUGUACUUGCCUUUCCUUAAAGUCAACAUGAAACGCUGUUACCAACUCAUUUUAUUUCCAUAAUGUGAUGCAUUUAUGAGUGAAACAGGAUAUUCAAUGAGGAAAAAAGUAGAGCGGGACUUGAUUUUGUCCAUUGAGAGUUAAUUGAAUCGUGAAAGUGGGUGUUACCAGAAUGGAGACAGUCGAGGGGAGGGGAGGGGUUGAAAAAAUAAGAGGGCUUGGUGACAUCAGCAGAAAAGGUAAGCUGUUUUAGAGGCGGGCAAGGUAUUACAUUUUGAUGAAAGAUUACGAAGCCAAACAUUGUUUCUUUGGAAAAACAUGCACUGAUGAACAAUGCACAAUGACUUUUCCAUGAGGUGUUUGUGAUUACUGGUUACGUAUUUUAAAAAAUUAUUUAGAUUCAGACUUAUUCGCUAAUGAAUCAUUUAAACCAAGUUCUGACUCGAAAGAAGGAUUCACUAUGGCUUGAGGGCAAGUUUUACUAUAUACAAGCGCAUUAACUAGCUGAUUAGAUAUUUCUAGAGCAGAGGAAAACUAGAAAAAUAUGUAUGCACUAAUAAAAUCUCCAUUACUUUUAGGACUUAAUAAAUUUUCAUGAUUUUUCACAAAAAUCACAAUUUAAAAAUUCCCUGAUAUUUCCAGGUUUUCCAUGACCGUGGGAACCCUGAAAUAAGACCAGGGUCAAUUUUGACUUCGUGUUGACUUAUAAAAAUCACAUGUGUACAGAGAAAUUUGUCUUUGUCAUUACAUGACAUUUUGUUAUAAGUUGAGAAAACGUCAUUUUAAAACAUUCUGCACAAAACUGUUGUUGUCAUGGAUUUAUUCCUUUAUUUAAUAAUUUUAUAUGAAUCAGUUUUUAAUACUGGAAAAAUCCUUCUGUAAAAGAGAGAACUGUAAAUUAAAACUAAUAAUGAUUACAACUUACGAGUUAAUUAAUUAAUGAACUAUGAUUGAAAAAUUGCUUUGCUUAGCGAGGAUGUCUAAGAAAGGCUGUUUUCUUUUUUUCCCAGUGUGACAUUAAAAGUAGGGCCAGGUAUUGAUACAGAUUUCCCAAUUAAAAUCCGAUUCAUAAGCUUUCGAUUCGAUAUCGAUUCAUAUGGGUAUAUUUCAGUUAUAAUGUCCAUUUUGCUUACAAAUGAAAAAAAAAAAAAAAGUUUUAUUAAAAAGUGGACCUUCUAACUAGGUACAUUACGAAAAUAUAAAUUUGACAAAUAUGCUUGAUUUGUUUUUCAUAAGUUUUGGUCACAUUUUAGCUUUUUAAAAAUGUACAAAUCCAUGUAUUCCACCAAUAUCCAAGUAACAUCAUGAUGGCGCUGUGGAUGGCCGCCUCGGUGUGGAGCUCCUCAGUUCUUUUGUUGUUUUUAUUUGUUUGUCCUGUGUUUAGUAAUCUUUUUCCAGUCAGUUUUAACAGAGAUGAACUGCUGAACAUUUGACAGCAUAUACCAGACAAUCUUUUCCCGGUUUUCGAAUAGUCAUUUUGCUAGACAUUUUAGCUGGAGGCGCAGCUCUGCUGUUCAAGAGAUGCAAGCGAGGAAGAUGAGUCGGUGCACUGGUUAAACUCCGUCGGCACGGAUUUCGAACAGCGCUGCCGAGAAUUCACUUAGGGAAUCUCCGCUCUCUUCCUAACAAAACAGACGAACUACAUCUCUUCACCCGCACAAACAAGGACUUUUCAACCUCUGCUGCCUUGUGGUUCACAGAAACCUGGCUGAGUGAAGCCAUUCCGGACAGUGCGUUACAUCUGCCGGGCUUCCAGCUGUUCAGAGCGGAUCGCAUCACGGAGUUAACGGGGAAAACGAAAGGUGGUGGAACAUGCUUUUAUAUCAGUGAAAGUUGGUGUACAGAUGUAACAAUGUUGAAGAGGAUGUGCUGUCCUAAUUUGUAAGCGCUCUUUAUUAACUCUAAGCCUUUCUACUCGCCACGGGAGUUUUCCUCGUUUAUUCUGGUGAGUGUUUAUAUCGCGCCAAACGCGUGUUUGAAUGCGGCGCUGCAACAGCUGACUGAUCAAAUCACAGACACAGAACAACAAUACCCGGACUCAGUUAUUAUUAUUCUUGGGGAUUUUAACAAAGCAAACCUCACACGUGAACUGCCCAAAUACAAACCAGCACAUUACAUGCCCCACCAGAGACAGGAACAUACCGGAUCACUGCUACACAACAAUAAAGGAUGCAUAUCGCUCUGUCCCUAGAGCAGCUUUGGGACUCUCUGAUCACUGUCUGGUUCAUCUUCUUCCAACCUACAGGCAGAAAUUAAAAUCAACCAAGCCAGUAGUAAGGACUGUAAAGAGAUGGACAAAUGAAGCAGAGCGGGAACUACAAGCCUGCUUCAAUUGCCCGGAUUGGAGUGUUUUUGAGGCUGCAGCCACAGACCUGGACGAGCUCACAGAUACUGUAACAUCAUAUAUCAGUUUCUGUGAGGAUAUGUGCAUUCCUACUAGGACUUAUUUAAAGUUCAACAUUGACAAACUGUGGUUUACAGCAGAGCUCAGGCAGCUUCGUCAGGCCAAAGAGGAUGCUUACAGAGUUGGGGAUAAAGUCUUGUACAAUCAGGCCAGGAACACAUUGACUCCACUGUGAAAAAGGCCCAGCAGAGGUUGUACUUCCUUCGCCAGCUGAGGAAAUUCAACCUGCCACAGGCGCUGCUGAUACAGUUCUACUCAGCGGUCACUGAGUCUGUCCUCUGCACUUCUAUAACUGUCUAGUUUGGUUCAGCUAUGAAAUCGGAUAUCAGAAGACUACAAAAGGACAGUUCGGACUGCUGAGAGGAUUAUUGGUUGCCCCCCGCCCCCCCCUUCAAGAACUAUACACUUCCAGAGUGAGGAACAAGGCUGGAAAAAUCACUCUGGACCCCACUCACCCUGCCCACUACCUUUUUGAACUGUUGCCUUCUGGCCAACGCUUCAGAGCUCUGAGCACCAGAACCGUCAGGCACAGGAACAGUUUUUUCCCUCAGGCUAUCCAUCACAUGAACAGUUAAAUUGCCCCAUUGAGCAAUAACUAUGUGCAAUACACAGUUUAGUCUUUCUUAUAUUUAUCCAACACAUCCAACCUCUUCUGCCAUUUCAUUCCUCUGACAAAAAAACAAACAAAAAACAUUUGCACUGUACAUAACAGAUUGUAUUAGAUUUGCACUACCUGUAUGUGUGUAUGUAUGUAUGUGUGUGUCUGUACAUAUGUGUAUAAUUAUUUUGUAUUUUUUAUUAUUAUCUAUGUCUUGCUGCUGUUUUUGUAUUGUUGGCACUGGAAGCUCCUGUCACCAAGACAAAUUCCUUGUAUGUGUAAGCAUACUUGGCAAUAAAGCUGAUUCUGAUUCAAUAAAUAUUACUGAGAUAUAGUAUAACAAUAUAAAUAUUAAGAUAUUAUAUUGCAUUUAUUAUUUUUUGUUAAAUGUUUGUUGCUCAAUACAUAAUUUAUACUAUUUACAAGUAUUUACAUUCAUUUGUAGAGCAUGUGCUAAAAAUAGGUACUGUCUCUUUAAGAAAAUCGGCAGUUCUGUAAA